AUGUUGGAAAAAGGCAUCUCCAGAGGAUCAAUGCUGAAUGCAAGAUACGCCAUCUCCCUCUUGAGCCGGACUCGGAGGCCAUGCGAGAAAUCGCAGCUCUUUUUGGCAUGCACAGCACCUCGACUGUUCCAUUCCAACGCUGUUGGCGAUACUUUCCAGGGGGCAUUGCUUGGGAAGAUAUCUCCAGCAUCAAUUUUUCCUUACACCGCUGGCUGGUGGCUGCACCUUGACAAAGAACAGCGCGCUGCGCGGUACAUUGAGUUUGAUUUUGAUCGCUUGUGUGAAAAGGUUCUUUCACUCUGCCCUUCUGCUACCUCUAUUAAAAACUUUCAGAAGAUAGAGGGCGGGUUUAGCAAAGUAUUCAUUAUCGAAACCAAUAAUGACAAGAAUGUUGUUGUCAAGCUUCCUACUUCUACUGCUGGAUCAGCAAGGCAUAUCACGAAUUCUGAAGUUGCUACUAUGACAUACUUGAAAUGCAAUACGCAAAUUCCAAUUCCAAAUAUUCUAGAUUGGAAUGAUGACCCGGCCAAUCCUAUAGGGAGUGCAUAUAUUAUAAUGGAACAUGCCGGUGGUGUUCUACUCCAAAAAGCAUGGAUAGAUAUGCCGGUAGACAAAAAAAUAAAGUGUACUGGAUCAAUCUGUACAAGCAUUUUUCCAAUAACGAAACUUGACUUUCCAGCCUAUGGCAGCCUUUAUUUUUCUGAUUCACCUUUCCUGGACGCUGGCUCAAAGCAGAAGUUAGAUGCUGACCAUCGAUAUUGUAUUGGGCCGCAUUGCAGAAGCAGCACCUACCGGGACUACAAUGUUGGUGAGUCAAGAUACUACAGGUUUGAAAAGCCAAACAGAGGCCCAUGGGGUACUCUAUCAUCUUACGCGUCUGCUUUGGUCGACUCUGGGCUUGCUAGACUACCACCACCUCACCAACCUCUUCGCCUACAACAGCAAGCCACAUACCAAGGUUCCAUUGAUAGACAUGUGGAGCUUCUCAAGACGGCCCAAAAUGUUUUCCCUCAUCUCAUCCAGCAUCCGGAUAUUCAAGCUAGUGCAUCACCCACCCUCUUCCACCCAGAUCUUCACAAAAGAAAUAUUUUUGUCUCCCAGGAUGAUCCUACAAUUGUGACUGGAAUCAUUGAUUGGCAAGCAGCGAGUAUUGAGCCAGCAUUCUAUUAUGCAGAUGAGGCACCUGAUUUCGCCAAAUUUCCCGCUGAAGGAUUAUCAGACUCUUCGGAAGAGUCUCUUUGCUAUCAGUCAUAUGAGGUAGGAUUAGCCCUACUAGCACCUCGCCUCGGCGCAACCAGGAAGAUUGACGAGACCCUCCUCCGGCCAUUUCGUUAUUGUCAUCGCACAUGGCGGGACGGGUUUGUUCCAUUUACUUAUGAAUUGAUGAGGUUGAGAGACUCGUGGACAACGCUUGGUUUUCAGAAUGACUGUCCUAUUCCGGCCAUGGGAGCAGAAGAGAAGAGCUUCUAUAAAGAACAGCUUGAUAUAUACGAUGGAAUGUUGGAGAUUAGACGAGAUAUAAUUGAAAUAUUGGGGGUCGAGGAAGACGGCUGGGUGCCUGCAGAGCGCUGGGAGGAGGUAAAGAAGGCACAUUAA